AUGUCGCAGGAGAUGUGGGUCUACGACGAGGUGGCAGACAGCAUCGUCAAGCGCGCGGUCACGUUCGUGCCCGGGCUGUACAAAAUCUUCGACGAGAUCAUCGUGAACGCUGCCGACAACAAGCAGCGCGACGAGAACAUGUCCAAGCUCAAGGUGACGUUGGAUGCAGAGAGCGGCAAGAUCUCAGUCUGGAACGACGGGGCGGGCAUCCCCAUCCAGAUGCACAAGGAGCACCACAUCUACGUGCCCGAGCUAAUCUUCGGCAACCUGUUGACUGGCUCCAACUUCGACGAUGACCAGAAGAAGACCACGGGCGGGAGGAACGGCUUCGGAGCUAAGCUGGCGAAUAUCUACUCGACGGAGUUCGUGGUGGAGACUGCGGACCGGGAUGCGGGGAAGCACUACCGACAAGUGUUCCGAAACAACAUGCAGGAGAAGCAAGCACCCGAGAUCGACUGUGACUACGAAGGUCCCGACUUUACCUGCAUCACCUUCACCCCGGACUGGAAAAGGUUCCACAUGACGGGAAUGGAGUCCGAUACGAUCGCCUUGCUGAGGAAGCGCGUGUACGACAUGGCGGGGUGCAUGGGAGGCUACGCCGGCGCCACCGUGAAGGUCUACCUGGACAACCGUCGCGUGAAGGUGUCCGGCUUCAAGGACUACAUGUCCAUGUACGAGGGGAUGGAGACUCCCGUCAUCUUCGAGUCGAUCGGGGACCGCUGGGAGGUGGGCGUGGCCGCGAGCGCAGACAGCGUGUUCCAGCAGGUGUCCUACGUGAACGCCAUCUGCACCGUGAAGGGAGGCACCCACGUGGAGUGCGUCGCCAACCAGGUCAUCAACAAGCUCCUUCCGGUGCUCAAGCGCAAGCACAAGGCCGAGGUGAAGGGUCACUUCGUCAAGAACCACCUGUGCGUGUUCGUGAACGGUCUGGUCGAGAACCCGGCUUUCAAUUCGCAGAGCAAGGAAGCCCUGACCUCGAAGGACACCCUGUUCGGCUCCGUGCCCAAGAUCAGCGACGCCGGGCUCAAAAAGCUGGAGAAGAGCGAGAUCGUCGACCGGGUGCUGUCGUGGGCCAAGCACAAGCAGAACCAACAGCUGAACAAGAAAUCGGGCAAGAAGAGCAGCAAGCUGACCGGAAUCACCAAGCUUGACGAUGCCAACCAUGCCGGGACCGCCAAGUCUCAGGACUGCACUCUCAUCCUCACCGAGGGGGACUCCGCCAAGACCCUGGCCGUGUCCGGGCUGGGCGUGGUGGGAAGGGACCGAUACGGGGUGUUCCCGCUCAAGGGUAAGCUGCUCAACGUGCGAGAGGCGACCGGUCCUCAGGUUCUCAAGAACGAAGAGAUUCAGAACGUGGUGAAGAUCCUGGGUCUAAAGUUCAACCACAAGUACGACGACACGAAGCAGCUGCGCUACGGCCACCUGAUGAUCAUGACCGAUCAGGAUCACGACGGGAGCCACAUCAAGGGACUGCUAAUCAACUUUGUGCACCACUACUGGCCGUCCCUGCUGAAGAUCGAUGGCUUCCUGCAGGAAUUCAUCACCCCGAUCGUCAAGGUCUCCAAGGGCCGAAACGAGCUGUCGUUCUACACGGUCCCGGAGUACACGGUGUGGAAGGAAGGGCAUGCCAACGGCAAGGGGUGGAAUGCCAAGUAUUACAAGGGUCUGGGUACCUCCACCGCCAAGGAGGCCAAGGAGUACUUCGCGGCGCUGGACACUCACCAGCUGGAGUUCGAGUGGCAAGACGACCACAGGGAUGACGACCUCAUCGACAUGGCCUUCAGCAAGAAGCGAGUGGAGGACCGGAAGGAGUGGCUCCGCGGAUUCAAGGCCGGCACCCACGCGGACUACAACGUGGAGUCGGUCACGUACGAGAGUUUCAUCAACAAGGAGCUCAUCCUCUUCUCGAUGGAGGACAACAAGCGGUCUAUCCCAUGCCUGGUCGACGGUUUCAAGCCAUCGCAGCGCAAGGUCCUCUUCUCCUGCUUCAAGCGGAACCUCAGGAAAGAGAUCAAGGUGGUGCAGCUGGCGGGGUACGUGUCGGAGCACUCUGCGUACCACCACGGAGAGGCCUCGCUCAACGGCACCAUCACCGCCAUGGCGCAGAACUUCACGGGAAGCAACAACCUCAACCUCCUCACGCCGGGCGGCCAGUUCGGGACCAGGCUCAUGGGCGGAAAGGACGCGGCCAGCCCUCGUUACAUCUUCACCGCCCUCGAGAAGGCUGCUAGGGCCGUUUUCCACCCGGACGACGACGCCCUCUUGACCUACCUCGAUGACGACGGCCUGUCCAUAGAGCCCGAGUUCUACAUGCCGAUUAUCCCUCUCAUCCUCGUCAACGGCUCGGACGGCAUCGGUACCGGCUGGAGCAGCAACGUGCCGAACUACUCCCCCCACGACGUGAUCGAGAACCUCAAGAGGCGCAUCAAGGGGGACCAGUUCGUCGAGAUGCAGCCGUGGUAUAAGGGCUUCGCCGGGUCCAUCGAGGCCAAGGUCGGCAAGAAGGGGUUUGAAGGCUCGUACACGGUCAGGGGCAUUGUCAACCGCGUCGAUGACACCACAGUGGAGAUUACCGAGCUGCCCGUCCGGAAGUGGACCCAAGAUUACAAGCAGUUCCUGGAGAGCCUUCUGCCGGGGGCCGAGGACGCCAAGUCGAAGGAUGCCAAGGGCAACGGGAAGAGCAAAGGGAAGGGCAAGGGCGCCGCGGACAAGGACAAGUCGCCGACCCGCUGCAUCAAGGACUUCAAGGAGAACCACACUGACACAACGGUUCACUUCACGGUGACGAUGUCGAUGGAGGACCUCGAUGCCCUGGACAAGGGCGACGGUCUCUACAAGUUCUUCAAGCUGGAGUCCAGCGUCUCGACGAACAACAUGGUGCUGUUCGAUCAGGACGGGCACCUCGAGAGGUACGAGUCCCCCCAGCACAUCAUGGAGGAGUUCAUCACCCUCAGGAGUGAGUUCUACGACCGGCGCAAGACGUCCCUCCUCAACAAGCUGCAGAGCGAGUGGAGCAAGCUCGACAACAAGGUGCGAUUCAUCCUGGCCGUGGUGGAAGACCGUAUGCAGGUCAACAACCGCAAGAAGUCGGAGCUCCUGGAACAGCUGAAGAGGGAGGGCUACGACCUCUUCCUGCCGGCCACGUCCAAGCUUCGCGUCGCCGGCAGUGUGGAAGACGGCGAAGGAGAGGACGGAGGUGAAGCGGACGACGGCGACACGCUCUCGAAGGGCUACGACUACCUCCUCGGCAUGAAGAUCUGGAGCCUCACGCUGGAGAGGGUUAAGCUCUUGGAGAACGAGCUAGAGGCCAAGACCGAAGAGAUGCGGAUUCUCAAGGCUACAGCGCCCUCGGAGCUGUGGUUGAAGGAUCUGGAUGCUCUGGGAGACGUCUUGGAUGAGAUCGACGAGAUCAUCCGCAAGCAGGAGGUCGAGGACGCCAAGCAGCGCAAGAACGCCGGCAAGCGCAAGGGCGGGGGCCGAGGCAGGGGCCGCGGGGCACAGGACGACGACGGUGACUCAGACUUCGAGGAGGAUGGCGGUUUCGGCAAGAAGAAGAAAGCCUCGAAGGCCAAGGCAACUCCCCCGCCUCCGCCGCCGACGCGGGCCCCCGUUCCGGAGCUGGUGUUUUGCUCCAGCGGAGGGAAGGUCUCGCCGGCAUUCGGCCAGGCCGAAUCAAUGGGGAAGUUCUUCGCCGUGGUGAAAAAGUCGGAUGAGGACGUCGGGAGCCUCGGCGGGGACGGUGACGAUGGCGACCAUGGGAUGGACCCCGGCGGAUUUACAGGAAGCGGCGGCAGUGGCCACGGCGACCAGGACGACAGUAACGGAGAUGACGAUCCGUUCGACGAUGAUGGCGUCACCGCCCCGACCCGCCAGUUGGCGGCCCUGACCAUCGCCGAUGGCGCCGCUAAGCCGGCCAAGGGUAAGAAGGCCAAAGCGGCGGAGGACAAGAAGAAGAAAGCGGCGGCGGCGUCCUCGACAAGCUCCUCCUCCUCGUCCAUGUCUCUCGCGGCUAGGGUGAAGCACAAGUUCGGGGACACGACCACCCCCGCACCGAAGCUUCCGGCAAAGCCGAAGCGGCCCGCUACCCGGAAGCCUCCCAGCACGUACGUGGAUUCCUCGGACAAUUCCGGGUCAGACGACGACUUCCACGGGAUGGAGUCCGUCCGUGUGCGAACGGACGGCCUGUUUCAGGACGAGGAAGUGGUGGCGGAGCCGGUGGUGAAGCCGUCGCGUCCCGGUCGCGCGGCCGCCAAGAACCGGAAGCCUAUAGUGGACGUGAUGAGCGAUGACGAGGAGGAGGAAGAGGCAGGGUUCGACGAGGACAUGGGGGACUCCGACGACUUCCAUUCCGCCGAGGAGAAUGACAGCGACGACGGCUACGAGCCCACCCCUGCCAAGGCGAGGAAGCCGAGCAAGGCUAAGGGCAGGCCGGCCGCCGAGCCUGCUGCUACUGCUGCUGCUGCUGCUGCUGCGCGGAAGGCGGCCGUGGAGACGAAACGUGGCGCUGGCGGGGUCAGAGGCGCUCGCGGGAAGACCGCUGUGGCUGCGCCGGAGGCUACGACCAUGCUCUCCUCCGACCAUGAAGAGGAAGAGGAUGGGGAUUCUGACGGCUGUGAGGUGGUGGAGGCUGAGCCCGCCGUCGCUCCCGUCAGGGGUGGGCGAGGCGGCAGGGCGACUGCUGGCAAGGGGAGGGCCGCGGCGAAGGUUACCCUGGAUUCCGAUGAGGAGGACGACGUGUUCGCGAUGGAAGAGUCGGACGAGGAAGCACCGCCGCCCCCGGCAAGGGCCAAGCGCGGUGGCGGCAAGGGAAGGACGCUCACCAAGGCGGGUGGCGCGGCUGCUACUAAGGGCAAGGGAGGCAGCCGGGGCAAGGCAGCCGCUUCGAAGGCCGCUGCCACCACCACUCCAGCGAAAUCCAAGGGAGUGAAAAGGGGAAAGCGCAACAGCCUGUCGGAUGAGGGCGACGUCUUCUCUCCCCAAAAGAUGUCCCCGCCCAUGAAGAGGGCUUCGCAGAAGUCGACCCCGGCCGCAUCCCGGCUCCGCGCGAACAAGCCUCUAGCCGACGACAGUGACAGCGACAAGAGCGACAGCGAGGAGGAUGACGACAGCGACGUGGUGGAAGUUACCAAGACUCCUCGGCCGGCUCGCAGGGCCGGUCGCACCCAGAAGGUGGUCUACGCCGAGCUAGACUCUGACGAGAGCGAACAGGAGGAGGAGGAGGAGGAGGAUGACGAUGAGUCUGAGUUCGAGGGUUGAAGCCGCUGCUGAGCGGAAACCACACAGAAGCGGAUCGUUUGCAUGUUACCAGGAGCGGUUGGCUUGUGAUUCCUGGCGCGCCCUUGUUGGAGCAUUGAAUAGCCCUUGAGGGGGGACAAGUUAGGACCCUAAUACCCCCGGCACUGGGCCUCGAACAGCCUGGAGCUGAGUCGAGGCUUGGGUUACCCUGUGGAAUGUUGGGAGGGGUGGGGGGUGGGGGGGAUUGUGUAGAGGCAAGGCUUGGGCUCACGCCUCAGCGCAAGGUACAUUGGGCAGGGGGGAUUCGGUGUAUGUCCGAUGUGAAGCAAAGCAUCAUGGAGUAGUUCAGAGUAUGGUAUUCAACUAUUGCGGCGAAGUCAACGGGAUGCAAAGUGCAUGGCGUUCUGUUUCCACUUUGUGCGUGACAUGACGUGUGAAGCGUUUACGCGCUUGCCUCAUGUUGUCGCAUCGAUGUACUCUAUGUACGUCACUGUCCGGGCUAUUUCGUGUUUUGUUGUCGUGGAGUAGCGGCGUUACGCUCAUCUCGACCGGUAUACGCAUGGCCUCGUUGGACGUUGUUGCGUAGGUGGCCUACGAUUGUGUCUUAAGAGGCAUCAUUCGGCGAAUAUUACCAACGGUGUGCGCAAGGAUUUCUCGCUACAUCAGGAAUACCCGUGGAGUUGGUUGGUGUACAGGCAGCAUUUAUCGUACGUGAGGGCGCGGAAUCCGACACCUGUAGGCAAGGUUGAACUUGGGUUGUUGGUCGUUUAGUUUCGGGGGCUAUUGACGGGGCAAAAGCAGCGAGCAGGCGACGCCAAGGCUGAUCGUGGAGAUUUCGUCUUGGCGCCGGUCCAAAACCCUCGCAUACAUUGGGUGCCAAUGUUGUAGUGGAAGGGUUAACCGAGUUGUGAAUAAUGUAGUGCGGGAAUUUGUGUGUAUUGGUUGUGUAUCAUAUGGAUGAUGAUCCAAGUAUUUUUUUAUUUUCCCACUCCACUUCGUUUUGUUCACAAGUUUGUUCAUCGUGCAACCCACCGCUGGCCUCUGCUAGACACGAUUUCGAAUGGGUAUCUUUUUCGUAACGUGGUGCGGCACGAUAGGGACAGGAAGACUUGUU